CUAUUAUAUCUGUCGUCUCCAAAACCUUUGCUCUAUACCCGCAAAAAAAAAUGUCAAAUUUGAGUUUUCUAGAUUUCCAGUACAACUUGUCAAAGAUGAAGUUCCUUCGGAAACCAUCCUGGAUGUUUUCAUCAAUUGACAGACAAAGCUCCGGCUUAUUGCCUGUUUUCCAGCCAAAUAUGGAUGAGAUGAAGUUGGUAUUUGCAAAAUUUGAUUCCGACAAAGAUGGAAAGCUCUCCAAGGGGGAGUACAAGGCCAUAUUACGAGCACUGGGAAAGGGGAGCACGACAAGAGAGGUAGAAAAGAUAUUUGAAGUUGCUGAUUUGGAUGGCGAUGGGUUCAUUGAUUUCAAAGAAUUUCUAGAAGUGCAUAAGAGGGUAACGACAAUGGACAUACGGAGCGCCUUUCGGAUAUUUGAUUUGGAUGGCGAUGGGAAGAUAACUGUGGAGGAAGUGUUCGAGUUGUUGAAGCGUCUCGGAGAGAGGUGCAGCCUGCAAGAUUGCCGGAGAAUGGUGAAGGCAGUGGAUGCUAACAGGGAUGGUUCAAUUGACAUGGAUGAAUUCAUGACCAUGAUGACCCAAUCCAUGAAGCUUUGUUAAUUACUCUUUUUAAGUUUUAACACAGAACUGUAUGAUGUCAAUCUAAGGCUCUAAGAAGCAGUGUCAUGUACAUGUAUCUAAUUUCCAAGAAGGUGAUUAAGAUUAAAUAUGAA